AUGGCUGCGACACCUCCAGACAAGAUAGGUCUCAGGAUGAUGUGGUGGUCACGCCUUCACCCACCAGCAGACCCACAAACAUCUUUCUCGGGCAAGACGAUCCUAAUCACAGGCGCAAACGUGGGACUCGGAUUUGAAGCCACCCUCAAGUUCGCCGCACUCGGUGCCACCCGUCUCAUCCUGGGCGUGCGAUCACUUCAACGCGGUGGAAAAGCCAAAGCCGAGAUAUGUCGACGAACCGGGUAUCAUCCGGGCAAGAUACAGCUCUAUCAUCUUGACAUGAGCAAUUUCGCCUCAGUCAAGACAUUCGCCGAGACGAUCUCAAAGGAGGAACCUCGACUCGACGUCGCCGUUCUCAAUGCGGGCAUUGCCGCGGCGUCAUAUACGGUCAGCCCCGAAGGAUACGAGAUGUCACUCCAAAUCAGUGUCCUAUCCACCGCUCUGCUCGCCAUCUUGCUCUUGCCGCAGCUGCGCAACUCAGCCACGCUGUCAGGAGCACCAUCACACCUCGAACUCGUGGGCAGUGCUGCCCAUCAGGAUGUCAAAGCUGACGUCUUUGAUUCUGCUGGAGGCGAACGAAUUCUGGAUCAAGUCAGCAAAGAAUCAUUCUUCGAAGCGACAAAACAAUACUAUGUCAUUAAGCUCCUGCACAUGUACGUUAUGGGUGGCCUCGUGGAAGCCACCUCAACCUCAACAUCGACGAAUCACGACGACCCGAACGUCAUCAUCACCACAGUUUGUCCUGGUCUUUGUCGCACCAAUCUCGGUCGCGACUUUUCGAUUCUGGCCAGGAUAUUCGUUGGAUUGUACCAGCUCAUCUUGGCCCGUUCCGCUGAGGAAGGAAGCAGGACCUUGGUCAGUGGAGUCACCCUGGGAAAGGAAGCGCAUGGAAAAUUCUGGAGUCAUGAUGUGUUCUUUAGGAAAGGAGAGCUUAUCACGAAUGCAGAGGGGAAAGCAUUGCAAAACAAAGUUUGGGAUGAGAUUAUGGAGGUCUUGAGGAAACAGGUUCCUCGUAUAGAUGAGGACUUGGUCCAGUGA